AAGCAACAGGAAGACAACCCAAAAAGGGUGCAGGCUGGAAGAAGAAGCAGCAGCAGAGGAGGCCCAAAUCAUUCCUGCUGACUUAGCCUCUCCCCGGCAGAUCCACCGCUGGGCUCCGAGGCUCGGCCCGGUCCAGACCCGCCGCCCCGGACCCGCUUCUUACCGGUUUCUACGUGGCACAUUGGGGGGAUCAUGUCCUCCACUUAGAGACUCGGUACCUGCCGCACAGGAGCAACAGGCGAGUCUGUUUGAACCUGGCCAUGGCCCACGGCACCAGCAUCCAGUAUGAGCCGGUGGCAGAAAUCGGCGGAGGUGCUUAUGGGACUGUUUAUAAGGCUCGGGACACGGAGAGCGGCCAGUUUGUGGCUCUGAAGAGCGUGCGUGUCCAAACGGACCAAAACGGCCUCCCGAUCUCCACAGUCAGAGAGGUGGCUCUGUUGAGACGGUUAGAGCAAUUCGACCACCCUAACGUGGUCCGGCUUAUGGACGUAUGUGCCACGCAGAGGUCAGACCAGGAGACUAAAGUCACUCUGGUGUUUGAGCACGUGGACCAAGACCUCAAGACAUAUCUAGAGAGAGCUCCAGCUCCAGGAUUAUCCCCCGACCGCAUUAAAGACUUGAUGAAGCAGUUGCUGUGCGGCCUUGCGUUCCUUCACUCAAACCGUGUGAUGCACAGAGACCUGAAACCAGAGAAUAUUCUGGUAACCAGCCAAGGCCAGGUGAAGCUGGCUGACUUCGGUCUCGCCAGGAUCUACAGCUGCCACAUGGCCCUCACUCCUGUGGUGGUCACACUGUGGUACCGACCUCCUGAAGUUCUGCUGCAGUCCAGUUAUGCCACGCCGGUGGAUAUCUGGAGCACCGGCUGCAUCUUUGCUGAGAUGUUCAGGCGCAAACCUUUGUUCUGUGGAGAAUCAGAAAUGGACCAGCUUGGGAAAAUUUUUGAAGUUAUUGGUUUGCCGCCAGAGGAGGAGUGGCCGACUGAUGUUACGCUAUCAAGGAAAAACUUCCCCCCUCUCACGGCUCGCCCAAUCAAGGACUUUGUUCCAGAGAUAAAUGAGCAGGGGGCUCAGCUAUUGCUGAAAAUGCUGACAUUCGACCCCUUAAAGCGAAUAUCCUCCCUGAAUGCACUAGAACAUCCUUACUUCUGUGACGAGGAGACAUCGACUCAGACAAAAAGCUGAAAUGAGGCAGUGAAACAUGCGGCGAGAGGUAAACGGUGUCUAAGUGUAGGGUUUCAGUGUCAUUCACUGCAUUGCCAUUCAAGAUGUUUGGGUCAUGCUUUUGGAAUAUUAUUUUGUUAUUCCUGCGUCUAAAAAAAGGAUUAAAGCCCAAGAAAGGGAGGCGUGAACUUAAAGAUCACUGGCUUGCUUUUCAACGUGUAAAUGUCACAAUUAUUGAUGUUAACGUGUCACGUUUUAAAGGACAGUACCAGUGUUUUUGAUUUUCUGCAUCAGUGUCGUCAGCCAGCACAGAUGUACAGAAAGUUCUGUCAUCUCUUCUGAAAUGUUGCUCUUGUUGUUUUGUGUCUGUCAGACGUGACUCCUCAGUGGGUUAGAACAGCCAGUCGUUAGUGAGUUUACUGUAUUUGUUUUAGUAUUUAUCAUACAAAACGAACAAUAAUACCGUAAGCCUGUGAAAGGCAUUACGCUGUAUGAAAAUGAUUCAUGAAAUCCUGAAGAAAAGGAAGACUAGUUGCAAGUAGUUUAAGAAAAACGCACAACGAAGACACGUUACAAAAAUACUGGUAUUGCCCUGAAACUAUCUCACAAAGCAAAAGUAUUUUUUCUUCUUUUAUUGGAGGACUGAAAGGGUGGACUUCAUUUCAUUUUUGUUCCGUUGCUGAAUCCAUCUAAAAUCAACCAUCACUGCAUCUCCAAGUGAAUAAAAACUGUUUCAAUCAC